AUGGUUGCAAAAAAGUGUGUAAAAUGUAAAAAAAACAUUACCAAAAAAGUGCCAGGUCUAGAGUGCAGUAGGUGUGAGGUUAUAAUACAUGCCGAUCCUGCUUGUUCAAAGCUAUCGAACAAACAACUGAACACCCUUAAAAACGUACCCGGCAUAGAAUGGAGCUGCGACGAAUGCCUCAAGAAUAUUUCUCGAAGGUCAUCGUUCGUGAUUCCUGAAGAUGAUGGUGAUGACGAGGAUUACGAACCUGGAAGCUCAGGAGGUAUCCAAGCUAUUGAUGCCAAAAAGCUAGUGCAGGAUAUCAGUCGCGAAGUGAAAAAAACCUUUCGAGAGGAGAUCGGCAAUCUCGAGAACUCGCUUGACUACCUAAGUGAGCAACUUACUACUCUAGAGCAGUCUAUAAACAAACAGGACAGUAGAAUUAAAGAGCUUGAAAAUAAAAAUCAUGACCUAUACAACAAAAAUAAGAAUCUCGAGCUCCGCGUUACUGUCUUAGAACAGGGCCUUAAAGAUUUUGAACAAAAAUCUCUCUCAAACUCUCUGGAAAUUGCUGGAUUACCGGAUAUUAUGCCUAACAACGUACACGCAACUAUAGAAGCUCUUGUGUCUAAAUUAGACGUGGAAAACAAAGACAUACAGUUUGCGCAACGGCUGCCAGGGUCAAAGGACAAACCGGGACCAAUUCUCGUGGAGUUAAGAUCUAAGAUCCUACAGCAACAAUGGAUCGACGCUAGUAGAAAUAAGUGUGUUACAGUAGGUAUGGUUGUAUCGGAUGCACCUAAAGAAAAGGCUGACGAGCGCUUUUUUGUCAGAGAAGCCCUAACAAAGCACCAAAAAACACUCUUAUUUAACGCCAAGACCCAGUUAUUGAAUAAAUCAUGUCAAUACGUGUGGUGCAAAAAUGGGAAGGGCAAGAAGGGAGGUGGUAUUAUGAUCUACGUACGAAACCAUUUAAGAUUCACAUUAGUUCAACAAAAAACAAAUACAUUUGAAAGUCUAUCCGGAAUAAUCAAAAUUAAUUCGAGUCCAAAUGUAAUUGUGUGCGCAAUUUAUAGACCUCCAUCUACAAAUAAAAACCUGUUUGUUAACGAGCUUAGUAAGUAUAUCACUAAGUUUGAACUGAAACACAACUUGAUUCUAAUUGGUGAUACUAACAUAGAUCUGAAAACUUCAAAUUCAUACAAGGACUCAUAUUUAGAAGCACUUAGUGAGCGCGGAUUAAUGUGUGGAAUAUCGGACUACACACGAAUUGAAACUAGGAAGGGUAUUAUCACCAAAUCUUGCUUAGAUCACAUUUUUGCCCGAUUCCCCACAUUGCAUCCGUUCUCCGCGGUGCUCGAUGUCGCACUGGCCGAUCAUCGAGGUGUAAUUUUUGCGUGCGUUAACGACGUACCGCUGACGCCCGAGCUUAUACAGGGUGAAACAAAAAAAAUGGUUGAUUAUGGGGUUUUUUAUAAGGAACUUAAAAAUAUGGAUUGGUCAAAGUAUAGAGAUAUAAAUUCUCCAGAUGAGAAAAGCACCAGGCACAGAUAA